AUGAUUUUUCUUAUUCUUUUCCUGCUAUUGUUCUCCGCCAUUUCUCCGGACAACGAGUGUCCCUAUCGAUACAAAUUCUAUGCGAACACUGCGAUUUGUUAUCAUUUAUCAGAUGAUUUUUAUGAUUUCAAUGGUGCCGUGAGGUAUUGCGAGAGCACUGGCGGGAAGUUGGUGUCGUUGAUUCAAGGAGAACGAGCUGGAAUUGCGAAUCUCACUUCUCAUCUUCUUGUUCAACCAUGGGUCGCUUCAAAACGAAACACAACCACUGGAAUUUUUUAUAAUUUAGAUCAUUCCGUUUUCAUUUCUGAGCAGUGGGCGCAAGGCGAGCCCAACCCAGCAAAUGGAGAUUGUGUAACAUUCAAAGGAGUUUCUUCAAACUUUGGACUCCAAACGACCCAAUGCUAUCAGCAACAGUAUGCCUUUUGUAAAAUCGUUCCUGAUCUUUGCAACGGUGGAAUACAAAACGGAACAUUUGGAUCAAUUCAAUCGCCACAGUACCCAAAUCAAUACUAUAACAAGUUAAUGUGCCUCUAUUACAUUUAUGCACCCCAAGGAUUCCGUGUAAAUAUCUAUUUUCCACAGAUCCAGACUGAAAAGAAUUAUGACUUCAUUGAAAUUUAUGAGAAGAAUAGUACUUUGUAUCCGGAUAGAAUAGUUGGAUUAUCUGGAAAUAUCACGGAUUACACUUAUCAAUCGAAUUCAAGUUUUCUUCUAGUGGGAUUCCGUACCAACUACGUUUUCACUGAUAUCGGAUUUCAUGCAACGUGGAAUGUUGAACGAAUUCAACCACCAAUAAUUUCAAAUACAACAAACUAUGGAGAACUGACAUCUCCAAAUUAUCCAGAAGAUUAUGACACAUUUGAUAAGCAACUGUACUACAUUCAAGUAGUUGAGGGAGGACGAAUCAAUGUGACCAUUGACGAUUUUUUUACUCAAGAGACUUUCGAUUAUUUGGACAUUUUCGACAGUUCCAAUCAAUCUUCUAAAGUGGUGCGACUAUCUGGAAAUUCUGUAGCUCCGUGGUCCUGGUUGAGCACUUCAAGUGUAGUUUUAUUGAAGUUUGUGUCAGAUGGAAGUUAUCAGUACAGAGGAUGGCAUUUGACAUGGAAUAUGAUUUGA